CUUUAGUUAAAACAAGAUAUAACAAUUAAAUAUUUAAAGUUGAAGAAAUUUUCAGGACAUGAUCAGUACAGCAAGACAACGUAUAAAUUUUGGAAGGAAAGUUAUGACAUAAAUGGAUGAAACCCAGAAAAGGACCCCGAAUUUCACCGCAAGCGAGUUGGAGCAGCUAUUGGAACUGGUGGAGAAAUAUAAAGCUGUCAUCGAGUUCAAGCGGACGGACACUUGCACGAACGCUAAAAAAGAUGCCGCAUGGAAGCGUAUCGAAUAUGACUUCACUUCACAGUGUCCAUCUGGCUGCCAUCGCAGUGCAAAAAUAUUGAAGAAAAAGUAUCUCAAUCUGAAAAGAGAGGUAAAAAAGCGAGUUGCAGAGGAUAAAAGAUAUCUCUAUUUAACUGGAGGAGGAAAACCAUCAAAGAAAUUGUUAACUGAGUUUGAUGAAAAACUUUUGACAGUGUUGCAUGAGAAGCAAGUUAGUGGCAUGCAGAGUGUGUAUGACAAUGAUGUAAUUGCCAGUCCGUGGUAUUGGAGGAAGAUACAUUAGAAAGCAUAGUGGAUUUCGAAAACACGACUGAAGUGAAAAAUUAUAAAGGAAUAAAUGAAUCCGACAACGUUACAUUAAACGUUGAAUCAAACCAGCUUUGGAACAAAUACUCGUAUGAUCCUAGCAAGCUGAAAAUACCAAAAAACUCAAAACUAGAAUUUGGA